UAAGACGACGGAGAGAGGGAGGAAAAGGGAGGGUCAAAUGGGUACAGUGAGGGGUUUGACGGGUGCCGGUCCCGUCACGAUAACGCAGCUCACUGUUCUGUACUGUCUUAUACUUUUCUGUGUCUCUAAUAAUAAUUCCUAUUUAUAUUCGUGAAAAGUUUAAAGAAUAGAAAAAGGCAUCGUGAGAACUUUUAUUAUAAUAUAUUAAAAAUCUAAGAGAAAUAGAAACGAGAAAGAUCAUCUACAAGGAACCAGGAUAAAGAUAUGGCCUGUCUUAAAAGGCCACCGUUCACUACUCUGAUCAUUUACCUCGUCUACCUUCUGGCACUCUUUGGUCCCUACUGUCAGAUGGCGCCAGAUCGCGAAGGAAGUUUUUCGAUCGAACGACAACAACGACGACGACGACGACGACGACGACAACAACAACACCAACAACAACAACAACAACAACAACAGCAACAACGACACAACAAGAACGUUCAGAACAUUGUCAACUAGAGAGAAGCUGAAGAACAUGUACUGGAUAUUGUGCAUUUUAUUUUCAGCGGUAGCUGGUGCCACCAAAGGUUGGGAUGUCGGAAGUGGUCUGAAAUAUCAACUAACGACUACAGUUUUGUUCAGGGAAUCGGGACCCUCCAAGUUUGCCGGUGACGUUGGCUUUCAAUUAACUGCCGAGCUCGAUGUGACCGCCGUUUGGAGGGAUCCCAACGAUCCAGAAUCUUUUCUUUUGAAUAUCGAGAUCUCAUCGCCGCAAUUAUUGAUUAAAUCGCGAAAAGCACCAGAACCAGAAGGUUUCGUAGAACAUUCAUCAAGAGUGAACGAAAUAUCUCAAAGGCCCGCAAUCGUUUUAUGGAAGAAUGGUGAAAUUAAAGCUGUCUAUUUGGACACGUCUGAAUCGGUAUCAUCGAAGAAUUUGAAACGUGGCUUGGCGAGUAUUUUUCAAUACAAAACGUUCGAUGAUGAAAUCCGUGAAAAGGAUGCAUCGGGUCUUUGCACGGUUAAUUAUAUUUCCUUGGGACCGAAAACCAUACUUAAACGUAAAUCCAAUUGUAAAAUCAACACCAACGCUUUACCGCCAAAGAAACAACAUCCUAAUUCUAUACUCGACGUAAAACUUGUCAGUUAUCGUAAUGUCACAUACGAAUUGUCGUCAUUUUUAUUACCAACGAACAUCAAGGAGGAAGAAGAACACCAGUUGACUUUGAUAACCAGACCGGAAGUAGGUAGUAUGGUAACGACGAAAAGAUUAUUAAUAGAGAUACCAAAGGAUGAUGACAAGGUGGUAGCAUAUUUAGAUGCAAAUACCGUUAAACACGCUGUGGCUCUUCUUCAACCUGGUUAUAGAGAAACUGACAUCGAACUGGAAAUGGAACCUUUUACCUGUCCAGAAUCUGGAUGUCCAAUGUUGGAACAAAUGGUCGAAGAUUAUCGCGAGUCUUUAAAUAAUGCGGCUUUGGGAACAACGAAAUCCGCAUCGGCUUUUUUAAAGCUGUUACCUCUAGUCAAACGAACGACAACCGAACAAUUAGUAAAAUUAUUAAAGAGUCCACGUUAUCGGCAAUUGAAGACACAACUUUUGGACCUUUACGGCUCGACAUCGACAACAGCGACACAUCAGGCUGCUAUGAAGAUACUCAGACAAGAUGAGAUAGGCGAUGAUACCGAGAGAUAUCUUUGGGCCUUGUCGAUGUCCCCAAAUCCGGAUGCUGAUAUAGCCAAAGAUAUUCUUAGACGAUCGGAGGAGACCAUGCAAAAUGAUAAACUAUCGGAAACGUUCGCGUUAACAGCAGCAGCAAUUGCACGACAUUAUGGAACCUCGACUGUGAUAGAAAAGGCCAGAUUUAGUUUAGAAUUAGGCUUAGAUAGUUGUACAGGAGAAGAGUGUAAGAUAAAGUUUCUACGAGCUCUUAGAAAUUUAAAGAGCAAAAAAGCAAUACCAAUACUUUUAAAAUACACCGAGGAUAAGAGUUCUGCUACAAGUAUUGUAGCUUGGCGUGCAUUGGCAGCACUACCACGUGAAUAUAUAACGUCUGACGUUAAGGAAGCUGCAUUUAAGACGUUUUAUCAGAUCGGUAAAUCUAAAAGAGACAGCAGUGCUCGUACUCUUGCAUUGGAUAUCAUUCUAGAGAGUGGACCGUCCAAGGAGGAACUUCGAGAACUCAUCGAAUCAUUAGCCAAUAAUGAUCUGGCAUACGAGAUACGUAAAUAUUUGAAUCAACGUUUUGAACAAUUGUCUGAAAAGAAUCAAACGUUCGCACGUAAUUUGAAAGAGAAUUUCGAUCAACUACAACGGGAAAUUAAUAAUUAUCAUGUAUUAGCUCAAAAAGGAUUGAGUACGGCUUUUUCACGGAGCUUCUUAAAAUCAAAGGGUAGUAAUGGAUCUCUCGUAACAAUACAAGAGAUUAAUGCAGGAUUAUUGAAACGUGGUAUUGUAAACGUAGUAUUAGAAACCGGUGAACACGAGGAAACAAUGUUUUCUCUUGGUCUUUUCGCACGUGGUCUUGGUAAUUUCGUAUCUUCGAAUCAGGAUGAUAAUGCAGAUGCCGACGAAGAAAUACCUACGGCUGGAAUGGAAAUCGAUUUGUUAGGUGUCGGUAUUAGACCUUUCGUGUUCUUCUCAGGCCAAGGUGAAUUGAUGGGACACGUUUGGUCCGGAACAGCAUCCGAAAGAACACCAGCUUUCCAAGCGAUAACAUCUUUGCACAGUCACAGCGAAUUUAUACCACUUACAGCUGGUUUUGUUAAUGAAAUGGAUGUUCAAGGUGCCAUGAGUUUCGAUCUUGCCGGACAAAUUCAAUUGAGUCUUUGGUCGAGAAAUGCUCAUUCCUUGGUAGACAUGAGUGCCGGUAUCGUAAUCCAAGGUGGUAGCAAAUUGCGUUCAAAUUUUGUCCAAAGUAUGACAGAAUAUUCAUUGACAAUGGAACCGAAAUUGGAAUUAACAACCGACGUGGAUUUUUCUGGUCAAGUCUCCUUAUGCAUGAGACUCAGUCAACCUGACACAUUGAUCAAACAACAGAUCUAUAAGAUCGAGAGGAUACCAAACAGCAGGCAUAGAUUACGAAAAACACGAAGAAUAAGACUCUUUUCACCUGGCAGAUCGUAUCUGCUUAACAGAAAGAAUAACGAAAUGUGUUCUAAAGUGUCUAGCUAAGUAAUAAUCUAUAUUUGAAAAUUGAAAUCGAGACUUUAAAAUCGAUUAUAUGCGUUGUCAUACAAUAGGAUAUUUAUAAAUUUACACGAACAACAAAGAGAGACUUAGAAUUACUUGUAUUUUGUAUAUGAUCGUAUGCGCGCGCGCGUAAGUUAGCCCUAAUAAUUUUUUUUUUUUUUUUUUUUCCUUUCAUUACUCGCCAAGGAUGCUAUUUAUAAAAGUGACAUGUUUGUAGAUAAAGGAUUAAAAUUUUAUUAAUAAAAAGGAUCUGUAAAGUUA